AUGGUGCAAACGCGUCGAAAAACAGCAGCAGCUGCCCAGGAUGGUGCCGUGAAAGAGAACAAAAGCAUGACACCUGCCCCUCAGACACCAACGAAAAAAGGAAAACGCGGACGACCUCCAAAAGUGAAGACCGAAGCUCUUACUUCAAGCAAUCCUAGCACAUCUGAUCACGUCGAUAGUUCAAAUUCGUAUUCUGAUGAAAAAUUACAAGAAUCAACUCUUUUUAUCAGCUGUAAUCAGGGUAGUGAAACACCGCCGACAAAUGAAGCUGCUUUGUUUUCAAUAAAAAAAGAAAACGAUGAUGAAUAUUCUAAUGAUUCUGAGUCGCGUGGCCAGAAAAAUUCCUUGAAAGAAACAAUUUCGUCUUUAACGAUCGAUUCCUCAUCGAAACGUAUAUCAAUCGAUAGGUUGAAAAUCAAAGAAGAACUAGAUGAUAGUAAUGAUAACGCAUCACCUAGCGAUGUUACACCAUGUGAAGUAGAGAUGCCAAAUCAUAUCAGUUCUGUUUCUCCUAUGCAUCCAGAUGAUCCUCAGCCUUCGACUUCAUUCAACGUCCCAGAAUUAAAAACGGAACCUACUGAUCCCGAAAGCGAUCUGAAGCCGAGAUCCUCCACGCCUAUCAUGUUUGAAGAAGCUUCACCGCCAGUUUCUCCAGGCGCUGAAUCAGCUGUGAAUGCAGAUGACUCGGAAUCGAUGGAUAUAGCAAACUCUGAAAGCGACGGCGAUAACGAUGAACCAUCGGAAGGCAGUGAUAACUUGCUAAACACUUCAUCUUCUUCCAUACCCUUGCCAACUUCACCACCACCGACGAAUUCGAUCAGAGGAGAAAUUCACAUUGAUGUUGACAAAAGUGCUGUGAAUCCUUUGUCGUCUCCGACUAUGAGUCGACCCAGGAUACACUUCCUACAUCCAGCUUACUCGAGCUUUGCGAGCGAUACGUUGACCUCUCCCCAACCCCCUUCGGAAUCUGGGUCGGUACGAGAGAAAGCAGAAAAUGGAGCAUCAGUAGGAUUCAAAAUGACUUUCAAAAAAGCUUCGGCUAAUCCACUUAUGAAAUCUUCGGCUUUGGAAAAUACGACAUCUUCCCUGUCUCCGUCGGUAUCUGCGACAUCAAUAUCGUCGUCUCUUGGAACAGAUUCUACAGUUUCUCCUCUGAAACGCAGUUCGAAUUUCGGAACGUCUGCUUCAAAUGAACUGCCACCACCCCAAAUGGUCGAGCUCCCGAAACCUUCAUUUUUCAAUAUACCCGCUAUGAGCAGUGUAUUCUCGUCAGGAAGCGAUUCUGCACCAGAAGAACGGGUCAUUUCAAAGUUGAGUACUUCUGUUCCUACGAGUUCAACAAAAAUGUCUGAGUCAGAAAUUCAAGCACUGAAAGCCAAAGCCGAAAAAGUUGCUCAAGAUAUAGCUCGACGUCAUCAGGAAGAAAUGCGAUUGAAGGAAAAAGAGAAAGAAAAAGAGAAAGAAAAAGAAAAAGAGAAGGAGAAGGAAAAGGAAAAAGAAAAGGAAAAGGAAAAAGAGGAAAGAGAUGAUUACGACAGAAGACGAGAUGAUCGUGAUCGCAGAUACAGGAAAAGUGAUCCUGAUCGAAAUGAUCAGUACUCACGAACAAGACAAAGAGAAGAUGAUGAGAGAAGAGCUCGAGAAAAAGAAAGAGAAGUAACAAAAAGACAUGAUCGUGAGCGAGAAGAGGAAAGGCUUCAGAAAAUGAAAGAAGAGGAAAGAAAAAAGAAAGAAGAGGAAGAAAGAAAACAGAAAGAAAUUGAAGAACAGGAACAGAAAGAAGCGGAAGAAAGGAGAAUCGAAGAAAAACGAAUAAAAGAGGAAGAGAUGAAAAUCCCAGAAUACAUAACAAUAGCAGAAAAUAAAUAUUUCAAUAGAAAUGCCAAUAAGAAGAAGACUGAUUCAUUAAUAUGUGAAUGCUCUCGACUUGGUUUGACCUGCUCAGAUAACAAUUGUGUUAACCGCGCCAUGCUCACAGAGUGUCCGUCAUCCUGUCCGGCAAACUGCAAAAACCAACGUUUUGCAAAAAAGAAAUAUGCUUCAGUUGAGGCGUUUCACACGGGAACAGCAAAAGGUUGCGGCUUACGAGCACUGAAGGACAUCAAGAAAGGUCGAUUCAUCAUUGAAUACGUCGGCGAAGUCGUGGAGAGAGAUGAUUAUGAGAAGCGAAAAAAGAAGUAUGCUGCUGAUGAAAAACACAGGCAUCAUUAUCUGUGCGAUACUGGAGUAUAUACUAUUGACGCCACUGUCUAUGGUAACCCGUCACGUUUUGUGAACCACAGUUGUGAACCUAACGCAGUCUGUGAGAAGUGGUCAGUCCCUAAAACCCCAGGAGAUAUUAGUAGAAUCGGAUUUUUCGCUAAAAAAUCUAUUAAAGCUGGCGAAGAAAUCACAUUCGAUUACCAGUUCGUGAAUUACGGUCGAGAGGCGCAACAAUGUUUCUGUGGAGCUCCUUCUUGUAACGGAUGGAUUGGCACGAAGCUCGAAGACUCCGAUGAUGAUGAUGACGACAAUUGCAGCACUUCAUCAAGACAUAUCGAGAUGGACGACGAAACGGAAGAGAAACUAGAAGAACUGAAUGAUCUUGAACCUCAUCAACAGAUCGUGCUGAUAGAUAGAAUGUUGCAAAAUCUUUAUUCGUCGAAAAAAGAUAAGAAAACUGAGAGGAAAGUCAUUACAAUUGCUUCCAGAAUCACCGACCACAACCAACGUGAACAGCUUUUGAGAAAACUCUUCUCUACUGCUACGGAUUUCAAGAGUCAAUCGUAUUAUGCCAGAGAAGGAAUGACUACUCUAAUGGCGGAAUGGCUCGACGCAGAUGAUUAUUCUUUAGCAAAUCUAAAAUUGGUUCAGGUCAUAUUUCAAACUCUUCAUAGUGAUAUCUUUCUUUCGUGUGCAAAAACUGAUAGACUUUUGCUGGAAGUAUUGACACGUUGGUUGAAUGCUUCUCAAGGAGAUUGGGUUGAUAUUCACGCAGUUUUAAACUCCUUAGUUAUAUGUACUGAAGAUCCAACAAAGAAUUAUGCUGAGGUUGGAAAUGAGUCUGAAAAAGAAGUGAUUGCAAACUUCAACAGAGUGAAGGAUAUGGCUUACCGAUUGAAUCAUCAUUGGUUCAACCGCUCCGUCAGUUUCAAGAUUCCAAAAAAGAAGCGUGAAUCAGUGACGAAAGAAAUCGGACGACAACCUGCAACGAUUCCUCCUUCUCACGGAGACGAAAGUGAAAGGAAUCGAAACACUUCUCCUGUAACUCAUCGUCACAACCACCACUAUUCUAAUCCAUAUUAUUCUGAACGUGAAUCACAUCCGCGCUUCUUCAAUAAUGGAAAUGAUGUUCAUCAGUAUCGUUUCACUGGCUACCAUGGAAACAAUUAUAAAGCAAACUAUCUCCCUCGGAGGCACACUAAGGAAACAUAUCGAGACCGUAGACGAUCCGGACGUCGCUCACGGAGUCGUUCCAGAAGUUAUUCUCCACAGAGCCACAAAAGAAGAAAAGUGGAUGAUCGUGAAAGUCACAGGGGACGCUCUCCGUCUACUCGCGAACGUCGAUGCACAUCUCCCGAUCAGAAAACCCCUGGUUCGGGUACUUCUGGUGAUCGUGGUGUUCAACGACAAAGAGAAAGACACCAGACAACAGCAACGGAAGAAAUCGAAGUGCCAUCUCACGCAUAUCCUCAUGAACAACUUGCCAUCCAGCCUAUGCCUGCAUACCCUGUGCCUGGUUAUGAACAAUAUGGUGUGUACGAUCCAACGACAGGAAUGUGGUUUCAACCACCCAAUCACGGUUAUUACCAGCAAUCAUAUCAGUCUCCCCACAUUUUGUGCACAAUUGAAACAUUACCUCCGAAAGCGCAUCUCGAGGAAUUAUAUGUGAAAGCAUCACUUGAACAGCUGAACGAACGUCUCGUGGCCGUCGGAGAAGAACUUGAAUUGCUUCAAGGCAUAAUUUCGGAGAAACGUGCCGAGAACGAACGAAUUGAAGCCGAACGUCGUCGGCUCGGAGAAGAGGAAGAUGCCAGGGCUCGAAAUACUAUGAAAUAUGUAUGGGCCAAAGCUAAGACAGAGUCUGGUGAAGUUUACUACUACAACAAAAUCACCAAAGAGACGCAAUGGACGCUACCAACAGCAGAACAAGGACUUCUUGAACCAGAGGGGUAUAAGUGUCCUUUCACUGCCGCCCUCCAGGCAAAUACACAAACUGUGAAGAACGAGCCAGCAGCAGAAGUUCAAAAUGGUGCUGUAGAAGGCGUUGACAACGAACAGUACGAUCAAAAUCGACAAUCGAAGGAUCAGCAAUCCGUACGACAGAGAUCUUCAACAGAGAAGUCGUCUGUAUCUCCGAAGUCUCACCGAGAUCGAGAACGACGAGAGGGAUCGCAUAGUAAUAACCGGAAUGGGUAUCGUGAAAGUUCCGUAAGUGAACGUCGUGUGCGUGACUUCAAACAAGAACUGGAGCGAUCAAUUCGAUCGGUCGUUAGAUCACAUUCUCGUCUCCGGCAAUCACAAGAAGCAACAAAUGAUAAAACUACAUGGUUAAUCAAACUCAUUGCUAAGGAAAUGUAUAAACGGGAAAGUUCGCAAAGCAAAUUCGAUUUUCAGUUCUCUGAAAAUACGGAUAAGAAAGUCCGAAACUAUACAAAAUCACUCAUUGAUCGGAAACUCGAUUCGAACGAUCUUUGGAAAGGUUACAAUGGACGAUAA